AUGGCUAAAGCAGCUCCAUCCGCGCGUGUCGUGGUUAUGGAUUGGGACGAAACAAUCACUACAAAAGAUACUACCGAAUUGGUGGCUCAGACGGCUUAUAGACAUAAAACUGGGCUUACUGACUUCUCUCACUAUUCGAAAAUCUACCUGGACGCAUAUGAGGAGUACCUGGCUAAAUGGCUGGAGAGGAAGACCAUUGACGAGGAGAUUGCGUAUCAGAAGGGUAUGAGGGACGUUGAGAUGUCUCUGAUUUCUGCAAUUGAAAAUGAUGGUUUGUUUAAGGGUCUUACUAGAUGUGACUUUGUUCAGUCUGCACUUGGCGUAGAAAUUAAGGACGGUUUCACUGACUUCGUGUCCAAGGCUCAGAAGCUGCAUGCGCUUUUGUAUAUUCUUAGUGUCAAUUGGAGUCGUACUUUGAUCGAAACUGCCUUGCUGCAAGCUGGGGUUUCUGGUAUUAAUGUUUUGGCCAAUGAACCUGAGUUUUAUCAAUGUAAAGCAACUGGAUAUUUUUCUAAGGACACUGACAUUCGAACGGGUUAUGAUAAGUUGGUGGAGUUGGAGAAAAUUAGAAAUGACCACCCAGAUAGAUCUGUCCUUUUCGUUGGUGACAGUUCUGGUGAUGUUUUGCCUAUUGUCAAGGCAGACACUGGUGUUAUUAUCGAAGGUGGAAGAGCCCGUAAGUAUAUUGAUGCUUUGGGUCUUCCAGUUAGAGAAGUAGAUGAUUCCUUAGAAGAAGGUAUCUAUGAGGGCAACUGGAAUGAGCUUCUACAGCACUGGUGA